AUGGACUGCAUACUUAGAAAAUCGCAAAGACGCUUUCGUGGACUUCUUUUUUUAUGUAUUUUCUUUAUAUCUUUAUUUUAUUUCUUUUUUCAUUCGCUUUCGUUAUUUCAACUUUUCCUUCGUCCUUCGAUUUCAAAUUUUCUUAACCUUAUAUUUAUACUUCACCGAAGUUCUGUUACUCUUAUUUGCUAUAUUCUUUUUAAUGUCUUUUUCGCCGGAAUCUAUCUCUCGAUCCAAUCUCUUCGUCUAUCUAUCUAUCUAUCUAUCUAUCUAUCUAUCUAUCUAUCUAUAAGGUUCUUUAUUUAUUUAUUUCUUUGUACCAAUUUGUCUAUAUCCCUAUCUAUCUAUCUAUCUAUCUAUCUAUCUAUCUAUCUAUCUAUCUAUCGUUUCUUCCAUUUUUUUUUAUAUUUCUUUCUUUGUCCCCGUCUUUCUUUCUUUCUUUCUUUCUUUCUUUCUUUCUUUCUUUCUUUCUUUCUUUCUGUGUUCCCAUCUAUCUAUCUAUCUAUCUAUCUAUCAAUCUAUCUAUCUAUCUAUCACUAUCGUUUCUUUCUUCCAUUUUUUUUAUAUUUCUUUCUUUCUUUCUUUCUUUCUUUCUUUCUUUCUUUCUUUCUUUGUCCCCAUCUUUCUUUCUUUCUUCCCACCUAUCUAUCUAUCUAUUCUUUCUUUCUUUCUUUCUAUGACUUUUUCUUCUUAAAUGUUUUCGUUCAAUGA